AUGAAUCUUCCGCCACCAAAACCGCUUGUAGUGGAUGAUAAUCUGGCUAGUAAUUGGAAACCAUGGAAAAAAGUUUGGCAAAGGUAUGAAAUUGCGACUGGUAUUUACAAGCAGGAGAAUCUUGUGCGAGUGUCGACAUUGCUUUCAGUCAUCGGCGAGGAGGCUGUCAAAGCGUUUGAUACAUUUGCUUGGAGUGAAGGCCAGAGUGAAAACAAUAUUACAGACGUUUUAGCAAAAUUUGACGAAUAUUGUGAGCCUCGCACUCAAGUGAUAUAUGAACGCUAUCGCUUUAACAAUCGUAAACAGGAGCAAGGUGAAAGUAUAAGUGCUUACGUGACUGGGUUGCAAGUGAUUAUGAAGAAUUGUGCUCUCGAGAAAAUCACACCGGAUGAGAUUCUACGCAACCGUUUGGUCCUUGGAGUCCGAGAUGAGAAAGUACGAGAACGCCUUUUACGAAUAAACGACCUGACCUUGUCUAAAGCCAUCGACAUCUGCAAAGCUGCAGAACAGACCAGUCAGCAAUUAAAGUUGAUUGCCACUGAUUCGUGA